UUUUUUUUUUUUGGUUUAAUAUAAUAUCCAAAUGCAUGUUGAUUAUAGUCAUAAAAUACCAGGGCUUCAUUUAAUUUUAGACGCAGUAACAGAAAAAGAAGAAGAGGAAUUGAUAUUAGCUGCAGAUAAAGGAACAUGGUGUGGACUGGGUAUUGGACCAAAUCCAGAACUAAAGAGAAGAACACAACAAUACGGACAUUUAUUUAGUUAUCGAUAUAGGAAAGUAAUAGAGGAAUAUGGUCCUUUACCUAAAUUUAUUGAUUUCUUUAUUGAUCGAAUUAUUGAAAGCAAAUGGAUGUCAAAUAAGCCAAACCAUUUAUUAAUAAAUGAGUAUAAUCCAGGUCAAGGAAUUAUGCCUCAUAUAGAUGCUCCUGCUUUAUUUGGUCCUGCUAUUUUGUCUCUAUCGCUAUUAUCUGAUUGUAUCAUGAAAUUUACAGACACAGAUGAUCAUGUUUCCAUAGAUAUUGUUUUGCCACGUAGGUCAUUAGCUAUUUUAACAGGAGAUGCUAGAUACAAAUAUAAACAUGGAAUUUCUAAGGAUUUAAUAGAAACAACCAGUUCUGGUGAAAUUACUAUUCAUAGAGAAAGACGUAUUUCAUUUACUUUUCGAGAAAUCAUUGCUUGGGAAGAUGAAUCAAAAGAAGAAGAAAAGAAAAAAUAAAAGAUAAAAGCGUUCGAGUAAAAGGGAUAAUUUCCAAUCUUUUUAUGCAAGCCACCUUCUCUCUUACACAAUAGAUAAAUUCAAGCAUAUUGUUGUAAUAUAAUAAUAAAAAGGAAGAACUUUAUUUUUUU